AUGAAGGCCUCGACGCUGCUGGCUCUCCUGCCCUUUGCCGCGGCCGCUCCGGCCAAGCGCGCCUCUCCUGCGCCCGUCCUCGUCCCCCGCGGCGCCCAGCUCCGCCAAGGCAAGUUCAUCGUCAAGAUGAAGGGCGACUCCAAGCUCGGCUCCGUCGCGUCGGCCGUGUCCGCCAUCAAGGCCGACGCCGACCACACCUACACCCACUCGUUUCGCGGAUUCUCCGCCUCCCUGUCUCCCCAGGAGCUGGAGGGGCUGAGGCACGACCCUAAUGUCGACUUUAUCGAGCAGGAUGCCGUCAUGCGCAUCUCGACUACGCAGUCCAACGCCGACUGGGGGUUGGCCCGCCUGUCCAGCGAGACGGCCGGCAGCACCAGCUACAUCUACGACGACAGCGCCGGCGCCGGCACCUGCGCCUUUGUCAUCGACACGGGCGUGCAGGCCGACCAUCCCGAUUUUGAGGGCCGCGCCAAGUUCCUCAAGAACUUUGCCGGCGACGGCAAGGACACCGACGGCAACGGCCACGGCACCCACGUCUGCGGCACUAUUGGCUCCAAGACGUACGGCGUUGCCAAGAAGACCAAGAUUUACGGCGUCAAGGUUCUCGACUCCAAUGGCUCCGGCUCCAACUCUGCCGUGAUUGCUGGAAUGGACUACGUCGCCAAGGAGGCCCAAAACCAGUCCUGUCCCAAGGGCGUCGUCGUCAACAUGUCUCUGGGUGGCUCCCGGUCCGCCGCCGUCAACAGGGCCGCCGCGGCAAUCACCAAAGCCGGCUACUUCCUCGCCGUCGCGGCCGGCAACGACGGCGAAGACGCCUCCGACUACUCCCCUGCCUCUGAACCAUCGGCCUGCACCGUGGGCGCCACCACCAAGGACGACAACCUCGCCGACUACUCCAACGUUGGGAGCCUCGUCGACGUCCUCGCCCCUGGAAGCAAAAUCCUGUCCACCUGGAUUGGCGGCCGCACCAACACCAUCUCCGGCACCUCCAUGGCUUCUCCCCACGUGGCCGGCAUCGGCGCCUACUUCCUCGGCAAGGGCCAAAAGGCCAGCGGUCUCUGCAACUACCUGGCUUCCAACGGCAUCCAAGACGUCAUCCAGGGCGUCCCGUCCGACACUGCCAACGUCAUUAUCAACAAUGGCGAGGGUAGCCGCUAA